AGUGGUGGAGGAAAGAGGAGAGAGAAGGCAAGAAACCCUCCCUGCAUUGCAGCAGAGGAUCUGAGCCGGGAGAGGGGAAAAGAGGGAGCUAGUGUGGCACACUGCGUCUGCCGCCCAAUCACAUGCCUCCGUGUGGUGCUCAAACCAAUCGGUAGCCCACAGCUGAGGUUAAAGAUUGACAAUCGCACUGAGAGCAGCAGCAGGGAGAGCAGGGCCCUUCUGGAAAUUUCUGCACCCAUCUUUGUCUCAUCCCCUACCAGCCUCAUAAUUUGAAAAGAAAAGAAAAAAAUAACAGUAUUUUUAAAAGCCCCUGGCUGAAGAACCUGUAUUUUGUAUCCUUAAAGAAAAAGUUUGGCAGAGGAGGAGGUGAAAGUGGAGUCGGAUGCUGUUGAGGGGAUGGAGAUUUCAACACGAUCCAAAGUUGCAGGUGUUGAGUCUGGGUCAGUGGAUCGGACUGCCCAGAAGCGCAAGGUGCCCAGCCCUCCUCACUCAUCCAAUGGACACUCUCCAUCAGAGACCUCCCCAAGCCCCAUGAAGAAGAAGAAGAAGCCAGGGGCAGUGAACAGCAGCAAAGACCAGUCUGAGCUAAGACAUGGUCCCUUUUACUAUGUGAAGCAGCCAGCACUCACCACAGACCCUGUUGAUGUUGUACCGCAGGACGGCCGCAACGACUUCUACUGCUGGGUGUGCCACCGCGAGGGCCAGGUGCUCUGCUGUGAGCUGUGCCCGCGUGUGUACCACGCUAAGUGCCUGAAACUAGCAGCAGAGCCCGAGGGCGACUGGUUCUGCCCCGAGUGUGAGAAAAUCACUGUAGCAGAAUGCAUAGAGACUCAGAGUAAGGCCAUGACCAUGCUAACGUUAGACCAGCUGUCUUACCUGCUUAAGUUCGCUCUGCAGAAGAUGAAGCAGCCGGGUGACCAGCCUCGCUCCUCAUCUCACUCCCCACACGCUACUACUUCGCAGAGAAAGGCUUAUAAUUGGACUGAGCCCUUUCAGAAGCCAGUGUCCCUGGAACAGCAUCCAGACUACGCUGAGUACAUCUUCCACCCCAUGGACCUCUGCACACUGGAGAAGAACAUCAAAAAGAAAAUGUACGGAUGCACUGAGGCCUUCUUAGCGGAUGUCAAGUGGAUUUUGCACAACUGUAUAAUUUACAAUGGAGGCAAUCACAAACUCACAGCUACUGCUAAAGUCAUUGUACGAAUUUGUGAACAUGAGAUGAACGAGAUUGAAGUGUGUCCAGAGUGCUACCUGUCAGCAUGCCAGAAGAGAGACAACUGGUUUUGUGAGCCUUGUAGUAACCCCCAUCCUCUGGUUUGGGCCAAACUGAAGGGAUUCCCUUUCUGGCCAGCAAAAGCUCUGCGAGACAAAGAUGGACAGGUGGAUGCUCGCUUCUUUGGUCAACAUGACAGGGCAUGGGUACCUAUCAACAACUGCUACCUCAUGUCCAAAGAGAUUCCCUUCUCUGUGAAGAAGACCAAGAGCAUUUUCAACAGCGCCAUGCAAGAGAUGGAGGUCUACGUGGAGAAUAUCCGCAAGAAGUUCGGCGUCUUCAACUACGCUCCUUUCCGCACGCCGUACACGCCCGACAACCAGUUCCAGAUGCUGCUGGACCCAUCCAACCCGGCGGCGGGCUCCGUCAAGCCAGAGAAGCAGGAGAAGAUCAAGUUCAACUUUGACAUGACCGCCUCUCCCAAGAUGAUCCUGGGCAAGAGCAUGUUGUCCAGCAGUGGCAGCGGAGCAGGAGGGGGCAUGAGCGCGCCCGCCGGGAGGCGGAUCUCGGUGACGGACAUGCCUCGUUCUCCAAUGAGCACGAACUCGUCGGCCCACACAGGCUCUGACGGGGAGCAGGAAGGGACAGAGAAGGGCGGCCAGGCCAGAGCCCCCCCUGGACACUACAGUACCGGAGAGGAAUCUCAAGACUGCACAGCCUCACCUGCAACACCAGCCAAGCCAGGUGCUACAGGCAUCCUCCUGGACAGCCCAAAACCAUUCCACUCUCAAGCACCAUCCGCAACGGUCAAGCAGGAGAAGGCCCCUGCUACAGGCAGCAUCUUGAACCUCAACCUCGACCGCAGUAAGGCGGAGAUGGACCUGAAGGAGCUGAGCGAGAGCGUGCAGCAGCAGCAGCAGCAGCAGGGAGCGCCACCCCUACUUACCUCCCCCAAGAGGCAGAUCCGGAGCCGCUUCCAGCUUAACCUCGACAAGACCAUCGAGAACUGCAAGGCCCAGCUGGGCAUCAAUGAGAUCUCUGAGGAUGUGUACAAGGGCGUGGAGGACUCGGAGGAGUCGGACAAGUCGGACUCGAGCGACAGCGAGUACGCCAGCGACGACGAGCAAAAGCCCGGCAAGGAGGGCCAAGAGUCCGGCGGCACGGGCUCCAACAAGCCCGAGAAGGACGCGUCCAAGAAGAAGACGACGAAGGCAUCGACUUCGACAACCUCACCUCCCGCCGAGGAGCAGGAGAAGAGUAGUCCGGACGGGGGGGCGUCGUCAGCAGGGUCGGGGUCGGGGUCAACCUCAGUGCCCAAAUCAGAGCCUGCAGCCAAGGCUGGUCCCGAAGACCCCGCGGGCAAAGACAAGCAGGGGUCCGACGCCGAGAAGGACGCCCCCGAGAGACCCAAAGCAGCGCCGCCGGAGUCCCCGCUGGCCCGGGACAAGCCCAGAGGCUCGGAGGAAGGACGGCCGCCUCCGACACUGAACGCAGACAUGGACUCCGACUCGGAGAGGGAGCUGGUCAUCGACCUGGGGGACGAGCAGGGAGGAAGAGAGAGGAAGAGAAGCAGGAGAGAGUCGGCCGCAGCCUCGGCGCUUAAAGAGGCCAGCACCGCCGCCAAGUCAGAUGGUAAAGCCCCCAUCACCACUAGUGCGGUAACACCGUCUCAACAAAACACCCCAGUCUGCUCUUCGCCGGGUCCCAAAGACCUCGCCCAGCCUUCUGCGCCCACCCCUCCCAGCAUCCUCUCCUUCCCCACGGCGCUCCUCUCCUCCUCCACCCCUCUCCCAGGUUCCGCUUCUGCCUCCACCUCCUCCACCACCACCACCUCCUCCGCCGCCUCUGCGUCCUCCCCGGUGGCGCCGGUCGCCGCGGUGAAGAAGCAGCGGCCGCUGCUGCCACGGGAGACGGUGCCCGUGGUGCAGCGUGCGGUGGUGUGGAACCCCACGGCCAAGUUCCAGACGUCGUCGCAGAAGUGGCACAUGCAGAAGGUGCAGCGGCAGCAGCAGAGCGGGCAGCCACAAGCGCAGACGCCGCAGACUCCGGCGCAGACGCCACAGACUCCAGCGCAGGUGCAGGCACAGGUGCAGACGCAGCCCCAACGCAGCCAGCAGCAGCAGCAGGUCUUAUCCACAUCUGGGGCUCAGCAAGCAUCAUCCAGCACGCGCUAUCAGACACGACAGGCUGUUAAAGCAGUCCAGCAGAAGGAGUCCCCCCACAGCGUCUCCACGUCCUCUGUUACCUUGGUGACCACCUCCCCAGUAUCUGUGGCCAUCGCCACAGCGACACCUGGCGGCUCCAUGAGCAGCUCCUCCUCAUCCUCGUCUCCUGCUGUCGUGGCAACCGACCUGCACAUCCCCACUGCCUCAGCCGACCAGGCGGCCGAUAUCGCCAAAUACACAACCAAGAUAAUGGAUGCAAUCAAGGGGACCAUGACUGAGAUCUACAAUGACUUGUCCAAGAGCACCUCAGGCAACACAAUAGCAGAGAUCCGGCGGCUGAGGAUUGAGAUUGAGAAACUGCAGUGGCUACAUCAGCAGGAGCUCUCGGAGAUGAAGCACAACCUGGAGCUGACCAUGGCAGAGAUGCGUCAGAGCCUGGAGCAGGAGCGUGAGCGGCUGGUGGCGGAGGUGAAGAAGCAGAUGGAGGUGGAGAAGCAGCAGGCCGUGGACGAGACCAAGAAGAAGCAGUGGUGCGCCAACUGCCGCAAGGAGGCCAUCUUCUACUGCUGCUGGAACACCAGCUACUGCGACUACCCCUGCCAGCAAGCCCACUGGCCCGAGCACAUGAAGUCCUGCACACAGUCGGCCACCGCCUCCCAGCAGGAGCCCGAGACAGAGCAGUGCACAGACACCCCUGCGAAGGUGUGCGGUCAGCCAGGCAGUACACACAACUCCCCCAAAGAGGGGGCGUCGAUGGCGGGCACGCAGCCGAACUCGGACCUGGAGAAGGGCAAAGACAGUGUGACCGUCAGCUUGGCGUAGCACUCCCUUCCCCUGAGGAACAGCACUUAAUCUCUGUACUGUAAAGAAAAGAAGAAGAAACUACAGUCUAUUUGUUCACUACAGAAAAUAUGUUUUUAAUUGUUUGUUUUUGUUUGUUUGUUUGUUUUGAACCAGAUGUUUCUGUUUUCAACCUGUUCUCUUGGAACCCCAAGGCUGCUUUUCUUUGACUUCAGUUAUGCUGAAAAGAAUCCUCCCAUCCUCUGAAGAUCUAAAAGUAGAACUUUGCUCGGCCAUUUUUAAUCUGGAUGGAAAUAUCUUCACUGUGAAUAUUGCCACGAAGAGAACAUCUCUGUUCUUUGUUUCCCUCCAUUUGUACAAUCUGUGUCUAUCAGCCUUUCUGUGGUGGCAAGAGUAGGAUUGCAUACCCGGGCAUGAACGAGAGUGCAUUAUUUUUAUACUGUAGCCAGCGUACUUUCUUUCCCUUUCCUUUGCAUCACACUUAUUUAAGUUAAAUUAUUAUCCGCGUUUACACAAAAAGAAUGUUUGCCAAAUGAGACAAUGCAAGGGGAACGCCUGCAGCAUACUGGUGAGAUUUGCAAUCAGUUAACCUUGAAUACAUUGCUUUUGUUAAUGUUGUCAUAUUCACCAUUGGGGUCAGCAAAUAAAAGUGACUUGCGAGAAAUUCCACAGAAUUUUUAACUAUAAGAAUGAACAUUUGUAUGCUUAUUUUAUGCAGCACCCCAGCUAGACCUGCUUAAGGACCUUUGCCAUUUCUGCUCACUAUAUUACCUUACGUUUGCACACUGAAUAGGCGGGGACCCAUAGUCAAGAAUGUCACAUACGGACCACUGUAGGCCAAUGUUUGUGUCUACUACUUUGAAGAGACCCGAUUCCAUGAAUGCUAAUGACAUGACGACAUAAACAUUUGAUUUAAUGUGCAAUGCGAUUCAGAACACAAUGUGACAAACUCACAGAGCUGACUCUGUGGGGGUUUGGAUUGGGCCUUAGUCAUGAUGAUUGCGUGAUACUGCCUGCUCCUUCACAGCUUCUCCUGACAUCCUGCUUGAAUGCUUCGCCACCAGAGACCAACGCCGGGCAGGCACCUGUCAUGUAUGACCCAGGAGACUUCCACUACCUGGUUCAGUGGCCUGUGAAUACUUCCUUUAGUUUUAAUGCUGUUGUUCAUCCACAAGCCACUGGGUUCUGUUGUUGACUGUACAUGUAUAUUUUCCUGUGAGGCGUCCUCACGACUGUUUACAUAUUGUAAAUAAAAACAGUUUUGGUGGUCUGAAA